AUGUUCUUGUAUACAACUAUCCUGAUUUUAAUCCUUAAUUCCGAUAUGUCGAAGUCACGUUACGUUGAAUUGAAUGAAAAUGAAGAGCAAUUAUAUAGAACUGCAUAUGAUACACCCUCAUACCAAGAUGAUUGCGAUGAUGAAGACUUACAUAUUGGGAAUCUGGACUUGGUUAAAGACGGCCUGUGGGCUUUGAAAGCAAAAGUCAAAGAAUUAAAGGCAUUCAACAAAGCCUUAGUGGCGAAUUUGCUUACCACGAAACUUAAACUGAAGGAACUGUUGGUGAAUAAAGUACUUGAAAAGAAAGAAAAGAUUGAAGCGUUUAAAAAGGACAAACAUAUAAAAUAUCAGUUGCAAGAUCCGCCAUAUUCACAGUACCCUGCAAUUCCUCAUGGUUACGACCCCUACAUUGGAAUGUAA